UUGCUGUAGAGCUGGCCAGAAAUACAAAUCUUUCGCAGAAUGACUGCGAAUACUCUGUGUACAACUGUAUACGAAGCAGGAAAGCCCGCGGCCGGUCCCGCCCGCAGCAGGCCGCGCUGCCGAGAGCCACUCACCCCCACCCGGUCCGCCCGCAGACAUGGCGGAGCACAGCGCGGCGCGGGAGGCGGGGAGGGCUGCGCCGCGUUGACGCCCAGCGCGGAGCUUUUACAUUCAUUUGUAGUCAGAUGCUUGGAAACAGUGAAAUGUGGAAAAAGAUGCUGAAAUACAGAUUCACAGAAGAUGGGACUUAAACUCUUUUUUUUUCUGAGAAAGAUUAUUUUGCACAUUUUGGAAAGAUGACAGCAGUAUCUUGCUUGGUUUGAGGUUUAAAAAUGUCUGACCAGAAAAGUAUUAUAUAUAGAAUCCAUUGUAUUGAAAAGCUACUCUCUGAGAACAAUUUCCAAGAUAUUGAGGAUCAUCUUAAAGAGCUUGAAGAUGUCAGUAUGAGCGUAGAAUGUCUUCAGGGGACAGAAGUUGCCAAGGUUGUAUACAGAGUACUCAAGAGCUGCCCUUCAGCAGAGCUGAAAAAGAAAGCAAAGCAGUUACUAUCAAGAUGGAAAGCACUUUACAAGAAUAACCGUCUUCAAUCAGUGCACGUCAAGAAGUCAGUUUCUGUAUUUGUGAGAGAGGAAACUGAACAUCUUGAGAUUCCUGGAGAACAGCUGCUGUCUAAAGGACCUUGUCAGCAGGAAGUAUUAGAUGCUGUCCCUUCUAAAAUUUUGGUCCCACCACAAGCUGUUAAAAAAGUGAUAAGUAACAACCCAGAAGGCAGCAUAGAUCAGCUUUCCCCUUUUGAGGAAGGACGUAUUGAUAAUGAAGGUUGUAAACCUCUUGUUAAUGAAGCAAGCUCGCAGCACGAUCACAUGAGAGCUCUGAGGUGUAAGUGCACAGAUCUUCUUUAUAAAGCUUUGACUGAUUCUGCCAAAGACAAAGAAGAAGCUGAUAAGUGGCUAGAGCUGUCUAAAGAAAUCGAAGAACAUAUUUUUGCUCUUCAUUCUAAAAAUGACAAAAAGUAUAAAAAUUGCAUCAGAAGUAAAAUCUCUAACCUGAAGAACCCUAAAAGUUGCAACUUAAAACAUAACCUUUUUUCAGGGACUUUGAGUCCAAAGGCUUUUGCUGAGAUGACAGUGAUGGAAAUGGCCAGUGAUGAACUGAAACAGCUCAGGGCUCUGUACACAGAGUCCUCUAUUCAGGAACAUCAGCUUCCACAAGUUAUUAAUGGCACACAGACAAACAAAAUAAAGUGUAAGCGCUGUGAAAAAUUUGAUUGCACUGUCACUAUGAUUGCCAGAGGAACUCUCUUUCUUCCAGGCUGGGUGCGAAACACAAAUCCAGAUGAACAAAUGUUGACCUUUGUAAUUUGUAAUGAAUGUGGAGAACAAUGGUAUCACAGCAGGUGGAUUUGUUUGUAAUGCUCUCCCACUUUAAGAAGUCAUUGAAAAACAUAGAUAAGAGAAGGUGCCUCUUGAAACUGUAUAAUGUAAAACUGCAUAUUGAUACUAUGUAGACACAAAUAAAAAUUGCAAAAGCAGUUUUAAAA